GACCACGUUGCUCCAGCUGGGAGAGGCAGAGCAGAAGCAUGGCGGCUCCAAGCAAGAGAAAACUUGCUGAGUUGAGCGUCGAUGAGUUCCUGACCUCCACAUUUGAUUCGGACGUGGAGGGUGACUCCGAAGCGGACGCCCUGGAUUCUGGGGAAGACGAGACAAGUAGAAAGCCAUGCCGGAACGGACCAGCUGGCGGCAGGAGGAAGGCCGUGCUCAAAUCGAACCCAGCAGAAAAGAAGGUGAUGAAGGGAAAGGCCUCACAACAUAAAGACCAGCUUUCCCGGCUGAAGGACAGAGAUCCGGAAUUUUACAAAUUCUUAGAAGAAAACGACCGCACGCUGCUUAAUUUUGAUGACUCUGACAGCUCUGAAGACGAAGGCCUUCACGUCUUGCCUGAAAAAUUGGAGGAAGCCAGUGACGAUGAUGACGACGACGACGAAGAAGAAAAACGAGGAACUUCCAAACGGGAAAAAUUUGACUUCAUCACCGUAACGUUGAAGAUGGUGGAGCAGUGGAAAGCAGCUGCAGAGAAACAGCUCUCGCCCAAGCUUUUCCACGAGAUCACUCAGGCUUUCAAAGCCUGCGUGGUGACAGCCAAGGGAGAAGCAGUAGGGCCGGAUCCUGGAAAGUUCAAAGUCACUGACAGCGCAGUGUUCAACGCCCUUGUGUCCUUCUGCGUCCGCGAUCUCUUCGGCACGCUGCAGAAAUUGCUUCAAGUGAAAGCUGCGAAAAACAAAUCCAAGAUGGUUUUGCCUUCCUCCAGUCCACUUUGGGGCAAGAUGCGGCUGCAUAUCAAAACAUACCUUGGCUGCACCAUCCAGCUCCUGUCGUGCUUAACGGAAGCUUCCGUGGGAGCUGCCGUCCUCCAGCACGUCAACUCCAUUGUGCCUUAUUAUUUGGCUUUCCCAAAGCAGUGCCGGAUGCUCCUGAAGCAAGCCACCCGUCUCUGGAGCACAGGUGAGGAAACCGUAAGGGUGCUGGCUUUCCUGGUCCUUAAUAAGAUCUGCCGCCACAAAAAAGACAUCUACUUGAACACGAUCCUCAAGCAAAUGUAUAUUUCCUACGUGAAGAACUCCAGAUUCACUUCCCCCAACGCGCUUCCCAUGAUCAACUUCAUGCAGCGGACUCUGACGGAAAUGUACGCUCUUGACCCAUGCGUCUCCUACCAGCACGCCUUCAUCUACAUCCGCCAGUUGGCUAUUCACCUGCGCAGCGCCAUGACCAUGAAGAAGAAGGAGAACUACCAGUCAGUGUACAACUGGCAGUACGUCCACUGCCUCUACUUUUGGUGCCGGGUCCUCAGCACCAUCUAUCCUAGUGAUGUCAUGGAGCCGUUGAUCUACCCUUUGACCCAAGUCAUCAUUGGCUGCAUUAAGCUGGUGCCCACGGCUCGUUUCUACCCCCUGCGCAUGCACUGCGUCCGGGCUCUCACCCUGCUGUCGGAGAACACCCGGACGUUCAUUCCCGUCUUGCCCUUCGUUUUGGAGAUUUUCCAGCAGGUCGAUUUCAACAAGAAACCGGGACGGAUGAGUGCCAAGCCCCUAAACUUCGCCGUGGUCUUGAAGCUUUCCAACGCCAACCUGCAGGAGAAAGCCUUCCGGGACGGUCUUAUUGAACAGCUGUACGACCUGACUUUGGAGUACCUCCACGGCCACGCCUACACGAUUGGUUUUCCAGAGCUAGCGCUUCCGGCCAUCCUUCAGCUCAAAUCUUUCCUGAAGGAGUGCAAGGUUGCCAACUAUUGCAAGACGAUUCGUCAGCUCUUGGAGAAGUUGCAGGAAAACUCCGCCUACAUCACCACCAAACGUCAGAAAGCGACCUUCGGCGUUGCCAAUCGGGACGCAGUGGAACAAUGGGAGAAGGCGGCUAGGGAAGAAGGGACACCGCUGAUGACGUAUUACGUGCACUGGAAGAAGUUGAGGGAGAAGGAGAUACAGCUGGAGAUCAGCGGCAAAGAACGGCUAGAAGAUCUGAAUCUUCCUGAAAUCAAACGGAAAAAGCCGGGCGAACAGAAAGAAGACGACACGAGGGAGUUUAAGGACCUUUUCGAGAUGGACAGUGAUUCCGACGAGGGCUUGUCUGUCAAAGAGAAAUCGAAGUCCAGGAAGGGCAGCUCGGAUGACAGUGAAGAUGACGCCGCCGACGAGGAUGAAGGAGAGUACGAAGUGGAGGAGGAGGAGGAGGAAAAGGAGGAGGAUUCCAGUGACUCAGAGGGGGGAGGCAAAGGAGCCGGGCCCAGGGAGGUCAGCAAACAGCUGUCUCGCGCAGAGCUGCAGCGGCUAGCAGAGGGACCGGAGGAUGCCGUGGAAGAACUGGACUUCUCCGACAGCGACUGACGGCAGCGCUUGCGAACAGUUAGGACGGGCAGUUUGCGUGGGUCAGGGCUGGGCGAGGGUUCGCCUCCCCCCACCCACACACCGUGCGUCCUUUCAAAGUGUGUGUGUGGGGGGGUUGCUUCAUUGAGGCUGCCCCCGGGCGCCACUUGGAAUGUGAAAAUCUUCUCCGGCGGAGUUUUAUGCGUUAGGGAGGCGCGCCGUAAAAUUUGUGGUUACGCCGGGGGCAGUAAAGCGGGCUCAGUCGAAGCAAUAAAAGGGCCUCGUUAAAACCUGCCACUUUAAAUAACGUUGGAGCUGCCGUCGCCUCCAAGUUCCUGUUUUGUAUUUUUCUUUAGAAAGCCACCUUCCCAAGCUCCCCUUCCGCGCCGUGGGCUGCAAAGCAGUUGGUCCGCCGUCUUCUCCCUCGCACCCAAGCCCCUCUGAGGGCGGAAGACAAAGCGGUUCACAGCAGUUGGCAACCCCUGGCCGGCUGCAGUGCUGCUUGUGAGUUUUUAACGGGCACGGAGACCACUUUCCCACUUGGGUUUUCCGGGGAGCUCCUUCGCCCCGUAAACGUUCCGCCCUGGCGUAGAGCAGGGGGGGUCCAGGCGUCCUUGUUUGGCUGCAAUGCUGCUGCCAAAUGAAGAGUCAAGAGCUCUGCGCUUGUCUAUUUUUGUGUGUGCGUAGAAAUCAUUCUCCCCACCCCUGGCUUGCGGCCUCUGCCACGUUUUAUUUUUAUUAGCACAUCAGAUUGUAUCGGAGGAGUUUGGCUGGAAUACUCUCUUCCUUACCGGACAGCCAGCCAGCGUUUUAUUCCUGUCCGUAGAAGCGCUCUUGUUUGUAGCAAAGAGGCCAACUACCUUGUCAGGAGCAAAAAAACAAACACACAUCUUUAGGCUUGUGCGCAACCCCGGAGACGUCUGCGUUUGUGCGUUGCAAACGCGGGAGACAAACGGGACGUCCAUACAUGGGCAGCUACCGCCAGCACAGGCCGGGAACAGCGCCCUGCAUAGCAGCAGUGGUGCGUUGUGGUUUUCAGAAUCACGGGGUCGGUGGCUUGGGGACAGCAGCCUUCAGCGCGUAGCGCCUUCACCAAAUCCCGAGCCCCACAUGGGGGGGGGGGGGCUGGAGACUUCUAUGGUGUGGUGGGCCCACACGGGGAGACCCUGAAUUUCUUGCGCCAUAGACGGCUGCCGUUACAGCAGCAGGCAAGUUUCCCCCCCCUGCAAGGAAGCUAACCUAAACCCCAAGUCGUUUGCAAACUUGACUGAUGACCCUCUCUCCCGCCCCACGUGCCAGCCCCCACUUUACAGAAAAGUUUUGCGGAUCGCCAGAAGGCCGCAACAGAAGCCUUUGGACUGCAGAGCGCGUCCUGCACCGGAAGGGGGGCUUUUGGUAACUAGACGUCACUCUCAUGGUGACGAGGUAGGACUGUUUAGGGGUCGAUCUCCAUAGCCGGGAUGGGGGAGAGGACUGCCCUCUGUCC